UCGCACCACCCCCGGAGCACUGCGCACGCAACAGCAACACCGCCCUCGCGCAUCUCGCCCGUAGCUUCAACUGCCUCUCCAAACCCGGGUUGUAGUUGCAACGUGAAUUGCAUCUUCCUCAGACGCGCACAACUCCGCCUUCCUGCCGAGACCCACGCGACAAAGAGCUCAUUGUCUGCGACUCAGCUCUUGUCGCGCGACGUACAUUAUUUAUCGCCAUCAACGGUCAACUCUAAUACACAGCAGCUUUCCUAUAUUUUCUUUCUACCUCUAUCAUGGCCGACGACGCAGAGCUUGCCUUCAUCAGGUCGCAAGAGCAGGAGUACGACCCUUCUGCGGCCUGGCCUGCAGCUGACGAGCAGGCGCCCGCCGACAGCGCUGAAGAAGAGUACGAUCCCGCCAACGUCGACACCGCACAAGAGCCCGCUCAGUCCGAGCAGUCGGCAUCGAUGCCUGAGUCAGCAGCCAAUUUACCUCCCUCGGCUGACAACCAGGGUGAGAACGGUGUAAAACCCGUUUCUGCGGAGACAUCUGCUGCGCCAACCCCAGCGAAGCAGCCGCGCACCAUUGGUGGGUUUGUCGACGAGAGCGAGGAUGAGGAAGAGGAGCCUGUUGCGGCGCCUAAGAUGGCAGCCACUGCACCACUGCGCGCCUCUGAGGCUGCAGAAACACCGCAGCGUUCAGUUACAAACACUCCAAACAAUACACUUCCCACACCAGAUGUACAGUUACAUAGUGCACAAGAUCAGGGUGCUUCAUCCGUCUCUGCUUCUGUCGCUGUCAAUGAGCCUGCUCCCUCUAUUGCUUCUGUUCCAGUCAAUGGCACAACUCCUGUUCCAGACGCUACUAAGCCAGCAGAUCUUCUGACUAUCGAUGCUGCUCGCCAGGCGACUGCUUCUGUUACUCCCGCGCCUUUAUCUGCUUCACUACCCAAGGCUCGCUUGCCUCAGGACACCAUUGGCAUUCUCAACGAUCGUGUUCAAGAAGACCCACGUGGUGACAUCGAGGCAUGGUUGAAUUUGAUCAACGAGCAACGCAAACGACACAAGCACGACGAGGCACGCGACGUCUUCAACCGUUUCUUGGAGCAGUUCCCCACAGCGGGCGAAGUUUGGGUCGACUACAUCAACUUCGAGACAGAGCUUGACGAGCUUCCGAGGGUGGAGCAGCUGUUCGGCAAAGCAGUCCAGAAUGGCGCCUACGUACCCGUCUUCCAGUCAUACAUCGACUUCGUUCGUCGUCGGUUUAACCUCACAAACGAUGCCUCCGGCAAGAGUCGGGAGACAAUUGUCAUGGCCUACGAAUUCGUGCUGGACCAGGUGGGCAUCGACACGGAUGCUGGCAAGCUCUGGAUCGACUACAUAGAGUUGCAGAAAAGCGCACCUGGCGUACUCGGCGGUACAAAUUGGCAGGACAUGCAGAAGAUGGAUACUCUACGCAAGCUGUACCAGCGAGCAGUCUCGAUACCUACAGGAGCAACACUGGAGAUCUGGCGGGACUACGAUCGGUUCGAGAUGGGCCUCAACAAGGUCACGGGACGCAAGAACCUUCAGGAGAAGUCUCCGUCUUACAUGACCGCACGAAGCGCCAUCAACGUUCUGGAUAACAACAUCACACGGGGGAUCAACAAGACAACAUUACCGAGGCUGCCGCCAGCACCAGGGUUCGAUGGCUACGACGAGUACACGAAUCAAGUCAAGCUGUGGAAGCAAUGGAUUCAGUGGGAGAAGAGCGACCCGCUUGAGUGCGCAAUUGACGAUCGUGCGCUUUACAACAAGCGUGUGCUUCACAUCUACAGAGGUGCACUGAGGUCGCUCCGCUUCUGGCCAGAGCUUUGGUACGAAGCAGCGGAGUGGUGCUACGAAAGUAGUCUGCAGGCAGACGGUGACAAAUUCCUGGAUGAUGGCAUCAAAGCCAACCCUGAGAGCUGUUUGCUGGCUUUCAAGAAAGGAAAUCAAGUCGAGCUCAGUACUGACUUUGAGGAGGGCCAGGCAGGCCUCGUUGCUAAAGGUAAUGCUGUCAAGAAGCCAUACAUGGACUUGCUCAACACUCUCUACGAUCUUACUGCGAAGACGAAGAAGCGGGAAGAGCACUCCGUUGCUCGUGCCAGAGAAGCGUUUGAUGCUCAGAAGGCCGCUGACGACGCAGCGCGGGCUAUUGUGCAGAAUAACGCUGAAGACGCCGAUGAGGACGACGAAGCUGAAGCAACGAGACGGGCUCAGGAGAAGGAGGCAGCUUUCAACGCGCAAGUGCAUGCUAUCUCGGCAGGAUACAAUGCACAAACCCUCACACUCAAGAAGACUCUAACAUUUGCUUGGAUUGCCCUGAUGCAAGCAACCAGGCGCGUGCAGGGCAAGGGCGGGAAUAACUCUGAGGUUACUGGCUUCCGUGGUAUCUUCACAGAGGCGCGAAGGAAGGGCAAGUUGCUUAGCGAAGCAUAUGUUGCCAGCGCGCAGAUCGAGCACCACUGUUACCAGGACCCUGCUGCAGGAAAGAUCUUCGAGCGUGGCAUGAAGCUGUUCCCUGAGGAUGAGCAGUUCGCAUUGGAGUACAUCAAGCACCUUAUUACGCUGAACGACUCUACGAACGCACGAGCUGUCUUCGAGACCAUUGUUGGCAAACUGACGGCAAAGCCUGAGAAUGUCCCAAGGACUAAGCCGCUAUUCCUGUUCUUCCACGAGUAUGAGGCACGCUUCGGUGAGCUGGCUCAGAUCACGAAGAUGGAACAGCGCAUGGCCACCCUCUUCCCCGAGGACCCUCAGCUGCAGCGCUUCUCCCGACGAUUCGCAAGCCCGACGUUCGAUCCUAUGACUGUACGCCCCAUCAUCUCGCCUAGGACACAGAUGAAGCCGGUUAUGCCUAUCAUGCCGAGCAUCAGGCCUUCCAUUGAAGAGACUAUGCCCAACGCGCCUUCCCAAGUUCAGGUGCAGGAGCAACGCAUCGCCUCUCCCGCACCCAACGUCAACUCUCCCCACUUCACAAACCUGCCAAUGACUACCAACUCGCCCAAGCGCCCGCUCGAGGACGCUGACGACAGCGCGCCACCCCGCAAGCUUGCCCGUGGCGAGUCGCCCCUCAAGGGCGCUGCAGGUCGCCGCCUCGAUGCUGCACGCCGCAACAUGGCCGCCAGCGGCAGCACACCUAUCGGCCUGCCCCAAGGCCCAGCACCUCUACCACGUGAAAUCAACUUCCUCCUCGGCAUUAUUCCCGCUGCGCAUACCUACCGUGAGACGCGCUUCAAGCCCGAAGGCCUUGUCAACAUGCUACGCAACAUCACCGCCAUUCCCAUACCCGCACUUCCUGGCCACACCCAGGUGCCUCCAUCGCAGCGAUGGGGCACGACUGCGACAACGGCACAGCAGCUUCAAAGUAUCCAGGAGAAGUACGGCAACCAGGGUAUGCAGCCUCCUCCCGGUGGACAUGCUUGGCCGCAGUAGAAUGGUACGACAUCAUUGCUGAGUGGUGCAGCGUCCGCGUGGCAGAAGCAAUUACGCAGGACUCUUGAAGGGAAAAACGACUGCGGCUGCAGCAGCUCGCACUUUUGGCCGACAGGGCCACAGGGUACCGCUGAUCAAUCUGCAUAAAAUUAACACCGCCGUGGAUGAGACAUCGAUAUUGCAUUUUUGGCGUCGGCGCACUCCACUCGUCCUGCAGAUUGGACAGGGGUUGGACAGAACAGAAACGAUGUUUUUCAAGCCUGCGCCUAGUUUGGGUGGGCCUUUAGGGAUUGGGGUAGUCAUUUAUCACUUGAAUGAAUCCG